AUGCUGCUUCGAGGACGGUCCAAGGACCGCAAACGUAAAGUCACACCUCCGGGGCCUGUUUAUAUGUCCAAUGAACAAUUCGCUUCAUAUCUAUCCGACCUUCGCAACAACAGGGUAGCUCGACCAAGUCCCAGCGGUGCAAGACCUCUACCAUCAAGUAGCAGACGUGAAUCUGACAGAGGUCUUCCUACGACGACUCCUCCAGCCCAAACACCAGAAUUGCCUGUGACGGAACUUGUGCUACGCUCUUCAAGUGUACUGUCGCACAGACGAGGUCAAUCAUCCGCUUCCACAUACUCUUCUGUAACUUCAAGAACGGGUCGACAGCUGGCACAGCAGCCCCUUCAAUGUGAGCCAUUGGUCCUUCUGAAACCAUCCGAUGUUGUUCCAAGUGCCACAUACAUGGAGAGGGGCCAGAGAUGGAUGGAGAAGGAAGAAGCUGUUUCUCUGCGAGAAGCCAUGGAGGAUAUGGACUUGAAGAAACAGGAGGAAGAGGCUCGGUUACAUACUGCAGCACAGGACGAAGCCUCGGAAUUAGUAUGGCAACACCAACAUCCCACAGCGGCCAUCAGUCCCGAUGCUCCAUACCGAUACAACGACCACCUCAGAAAGAAUAGCUAUCAGCACGCCAGAACGCAAAGCGUUGGACGAUACGGUGGGAUUGGUAUGGUCACCGGGCUUGCAAGAAACAUUGCCCCUAGGUCGGUCUCGGGUGGCUCUAGCAGCAGUGGAGGGAUGGCCUCUCAACGAGGAAGAAUGUCUGGGGACUUUUCAGACAAGGGUUCUCGCCCUGAACGGACUCUCAGUCCGGAAACGACUGGACAAAUUUCUGCGGAAUUCUCUGCGGAAGGCGGAUCCUCUAAGAAGUCGUACGGAAGCAUGUCGAAUAGCAACAGGCCACAGGGCAGUUCUAGAAGAAAAAGUAGCGGCAAACGGAACGUCAGUGGCGAACUCGCUGGUAUGUUCACAGGGGAGCAAAUCUGGGAGGAGCCAGAACAGGAGAGCGACGAAAGUGCUGGCCGCGGGCGUACUCAGAACACGUCAGAUAUACCCGCACCUCUCCGGAUCAAACCUCGAAAUCCCUUGAAUCGAGUGCAAUUUGCUCAUGAAAUGGCACCACGAUCAAGUAGCACUCCUCCAGAACCGAUCAAAAGGCUUUCUACAUCCGAAAUCCAUCGCAAUCCUCCCACCCAGUCGAGAAAUCCCGACUAUACAGCAAAUUCUCUAUUGCCAGCUCCCGUUGCUUCGGAAACCAAAUCUGUCCCUCCAGAGGAAGUUCCAACUGUUCCAAUGAAAGACGGUCUUGAGAUCAGAAGUGACGAGAUCCGUCAAGCCACAAGCAUGCGUCUCAAAGACCGUAGCCCCAAACUACCCACUCCAACAGUCGUCAGUGACAAACCUGGUCGACCGAUUGUAAGCUUUGAUUCAAAUUGGAAGCCGAAGGAGGCUGAUAUAAAGCCAGAAGUGCGAAGAAGAUCUCCCUUCGAUCGAGGUCCCAACGGUCAAAGGCAGAGUCUACCUUUUCGAUCAGAUUCGAAGACUAUCCCAACCUCUAUCCCGACCAUUCACGUUCCUGACACACCACCAGUCGAAGUGAAUCAGGUCCCUCAAAUUACAGUCUCUACCAUAAACCGUCCCGAAUCUGCACCGCCUGUACCUACGAUCAACCUUCCUGAUGCUAGACCAUCAGUCCCUACCAUCAAUAUAUCCAACUCACAACCGCCCAUCCCCACAAUCAACCUCCCCGACGAACAUACGAUCUCUGUCUCGGCGCCGGCAGUCCCAACAAUAACAAUAGGGUCAGAUAACUCUACGUCCCAGGGCAAACGGCCACUCCCAGACCCAAGAACUUCCGCAGGUCGUCCUCCACCACGCCAUUAUGCCACUGUUCCUACUCCUCGGGGUCAUUGGUCACCAGUCGCUGGAAGGAGGGCAACUGCAACCUGUCACCAGUGCCAGCUGCCGAUUGAAGGACGUGUGGUCAAAUUGAGUGGUGCAUCGGAGCACUUCCAUCCUGAAUGCUUCAUUUGUUUUACUUGCGGCACCGGUUUGGAGUCUCUAGAAAUUCAUCCUGAGCCUCCUGCUAAACGCUCAGAACGGCUAGACCGAAUCAAAAGGCGUGCUCGUGGUGAAGAUAUUCCAGAAGUGGAUGGGCAGACCCUGGCUGAGGACGGUGAUGUACGACAACGAUUUUACUGCCAUCUUGACUGGCACGAGACUUUUGCCCCGAAGUGUAAGCACUGCAAGACUCCCAUCAUCGGUGAGCACAUGGUCGCUUUGGGUGACAGUUGGCACUAUGGACAUUUCUUCUGCGCGGAAUGCGGUGAUCCUUUCGAGAAAGGCAUGACCCAUAUUGAGAAAGACGGUUAUGCAUGGUGUCUCAGCUGCCAGACCAAGCGAACAGAACGGCGAGCUCCAAAAUGCAAGAAAUGCAAAGGGCCAGUCAUUGGCGAAUACGUCCAAGCCUUGGGUGGAGAAUGGCACGAGAAAUGCUUCCGCUGUGCGAAUUGCAAAAGUGGUUUCGAUGAUGGAGCGUUCUAUCCGAAGCAGGUAGCAGGGGAAACUGUUGUUUUGUGUAUUCAAUGCAUUGAGCGAGAGUUGAAGGCUUGA